AUGACCUGGAAAUCAAGUAAUGAAGUAUGGUGGUGCUUCAAAAACUUGGAUGCUAUAAUGGAAGAAGAAAAAAGAACCUACCUUCAAAUGGUCACUAAAAAAGUAUUCGGUAGACAACCUACUAAUAAUCAAUAUGCUAUUAUACAAGCUGUCUUGUAUAACUUGUUUAAUUCUGAAAUCAUUAAACUUAA